UCACCAAAAGGAGGGAGAAGAGAAGAAGAAAAAUCCGUGUUACCCACCAUACCCUGUCCAUAACGAAAGAAAAGAAGGUUCGUGGAUGCAUUUCCAAAAUUGUACUCUUGUUAGUUGUUACUACGUCUUAUUUCAUUAGUUAAUUAAGGACCAAAUUGCUUUAAAAGGAGGAAGAAAGAAGAAGAAGAAGUACAAAAUGGAGGAGUGUUGCUCGUUGUGUGAGAAGAGAGCGGCGAUACUCUGCGAUUCUGACCAAGCCAAGCUAUGCUGGGGUUGUGACGCUAGAGUUCACAGUGCGAAUUUCUUGGUGGCCAAGCACUCCAGGGUCCUUUUAUGCUCUCUCUGCAACUCUCUUACCCCAUGGAAUGCCUCAGGUCCCAAGCUCACUCCCACUCUCUCCUUCUGUCAUUCUUGCUCUGCCCAUCGACGCGCCGCCAGGCUCCGCCGUGAUGAUGAUUAUGUCAAUAAUGAUGAUGAUGAUGAUCGAGAAUAUAGUUCUCAUUCUCACCAUGAUGACGAUGAUGACGACGGAGACGAUGAUGGAGAAGAAUCAGAAGAAGAAGAAGGUGGAGAAAACCAAGUAGUGCCAAUGUCAUAAUUAUCUUAGAUCGUUAGUAACUUUUCCAGUUCAGAUAUCAUAAUUAUCUUUUUCGUCCUUCUAUUUUCGCCAGGCAUUGUAACCCACUAUAUGCAUUAUCAAUUAUCCAAUUAUAGUAACAGAUUGACAAUAGCUGCUAUCUUCCAAUUUGUAGU